UCGAGAUUUUUCGUUUUACAAUAUAAACAGCCAUUUUGUGCUCACGAACAUUGCGUCGUGAAGUUGUGUUUGAGAAAGACUAUCAUAGAUCAUAAAUAAUAGACAAAAUGGCAGAAGGAACAAAUGAUGAUUUAGCAACAGCUAUCUUGAAGAAGAAAGAUCGCCCCAACAGACUACUAGUGGAGGAAGCUAUCAAUGAGGACAACUCGGUCGUUUCACUCUCUCAGGGUAAGAUGGAUGAGCUACAGUUGUUUCGUGGCGACACAGUUCUUCUGAAGGGAAAGCGUAGAAAGGACACAGUUUGUAUUGUCCUGUCUGACGACACCGUCAGUGACGACAAAAUCCGAAUCAACAGAUGUGUCCGUAACAACCUCAGAGUUCGUCUGGGGGAUGUUGUCAGUAUUCAGGCCUGUCCUGAUGUCAAGUACGGGAAAAGGAUCCAUGUUCUGCCUAUUGAUGACACAGUGGAGGGACUAACAGGAAAUUUGUUUGAGGUGUACUUGAAACCCUACUUUCUGGAAGCCUACAGACCUAUCAGAAAAGGUGACAUAUUUUUGGUGCGAGGAGGAAUGAGAGGGGUUGAGUUCAAGGUCAUUGAGACAGACCCUAAUCCUUACUGUAUUGUGGCACCAGACACUGUCAUCCACUGUGAAGGGGAACCAGUCAAAAGAGAGGAGGAAGAAGAAGCGCUGAAUGAGGUCGGGUACGAUGACAUCGGAGGCUGUCGUAAACAACUGGCUCAAAUCAAAGAAAUGGUGGAACUCCCCCUCAGGCAUCCACAGCUUUUCAAGGCUAUAGGGGUCAAGCCUCCACGUGGUAUUUUGCUAUAUGGACCCCCGGGUACAGGAAAGACUCUGAUUGCCCGAGCUGUAGCCAAUGAAACGGGAGCAUUUUUCUUUCUCAUUAAUGGUCCUGAGAUUAUGAGUAAGUUGGCAGGAGAAUCAGAGAGUAACUUGAGGAAGGCCUUUGAGGAAGCUGAGAAGAAUUCUCCCGCUAUCAUUUUCAUUGAUGAAUUGGAUGCUAUAGCCCCCAAACGUGAAAAGACACAUGGAGAGGUGGAGAGAAGAAUUGUAUCACAGCUGUUAACAUUGAUGGACGGCCUUAAACAGAGGGCACAUGUCAUUGUCAUGGCCGCCACAAACAGACCCAACAGUGUGGAUGGAGCUCUUAGACGAUUCGGUCGAUUUGAUAGAGAAGUUGACAUCGGAAUACCUGAUGCCACUGGGCGUUUGGAAAUCUUGAGAAUUCACACAAAGAACAUGAAGCUUGCAGAGGAUGUAGAUUUGGAACAAGUUGCCCAGGAAACCCAUGGUCAUGUAGGAGCUGAUUUAGCAGCAUUGUGUUCAGAAGCUGCCCUACAACAAAUUCGUGAGAAGAUGGACUUGAUUGACCUUGAGGAUGAACACAUUGAUGCUGAAGUCCUGGACAGUUUGGCUGUUACAAUGGAGGACUUCAGGUGGGCUCUCAGUAAGAGUAACCCCAGCGCUUUACGAGAAACCUGUGUUGAGGUUCCCUCUGUUACCUGGGACGAUAUUGGAGGUCUGGAGAAUGUCAAGAAAGAACUGCAGGAAUUGGUCCAGUACCCAGUAGAACACCCAGAGAAGUUCUUGAAGUUUGGAAUGACUCCUUCAAAAGGUGUCUUGUUUUACGGCCCACCAGGAUGUGGUAAAACUCUGCUGGCCAAGGCUAUUGCUAACGAAUGCCAGGCCAACUUUAUCUCCAUUAAAGGCCCAGAGCUGCUGACCAUGUGGUUUGGAGAGUCUGAGGCCAAUGUCCGAGAUAUCUUUGACAAGGCCCGGUCAGCUGCCCCAUGCGUGUUGUUCUUUGAUGAGUUGGACUCCAUAGCUAAAGCCAGAGGAGGAAAUGCUGGGGAUGGAGGUGGAGCUGCUGACAGGGUGAUUAACCAGCUCCUGACAGAAAUGGAUGGUAUGGGAGCUAAGAAAAAUGUCUUCAUCAUUGGUGCAACAAACAGACCUGACAUUAUUGACCCUGCCAUCUUGAGACCAGGUCGUCUGGAUCAGCUGAUCUACAUUCCUCUGCCAGAUGAUAAAUCCAGAAUCGCCAUCCUCAAAGCCAACCUCAGAAAGUCUCCAGUAGCUAAGGAUGUAGAUCUGGAUUACCUAGCCAAGGUGACACAUGGCUUCAGUGGAGCAGAUCUAACAGAAAUUUGUCAAAGAGCUUGUAAACUAGCCAUCAGACAGUCUAUAGAAGCUGAAAUCAGAAUGGAAAGAGAGAGGGACAGAGAUCCUAAUGCAGACAUGGAAAUUGAGGACUUUGACCCAGUUCCAGAAAUAACCAGGGCACAUUUCGAGGAGUCAAUGAAGUUUGCUCGUCGGUCUGUCAGUGACAAUGACAUUAGGAAGUACGAGAUGUUCGCUCAAACACUACAGCAGAGUCGAGGAUUUGGUGGAAACUUCAGGUUUCCAGGACAACAAAGUGGCAGUAAUCCCCCAAAUCAAGGUCAGGGAGGGAACUUUGAUGAUGGGGACGAUGAUUUAUACAGUUAAUUGUGAUUAACAACUGUUAACAGAAAACACAAACUCAGACAGUGAUAGUAAUAUUUAUAAAGUCUUGUUUUCAUUUUGAUUCAUUUCUCAUUUUGGAGUCGUGCAAACAUAAGACUGUUGUCAUAUGAUUUUUUUUUAAUGCGGCAAAGCUUUUUCACAUUCAGUCAUCAGUAGUGCCACUGAGUAUAAGAGGACUAUUACAACACAGUACCAGCAUGACUAGCUCUGUGUACAAUGUGUAUUAAAUCAGAAACCAGUA